UAGACUGUUUCUCUCACCGAUUUCCCCCGGACGACACGACGUCGUUCGCUUGAAGCAGUGUUGUUUUUCUUCCUCUGGAGCUAGGUUGGAUUCACUGAUCGGAUAAUUUUCGUGUUUAUGGCGGCUAUCGACAAAGUUCGCGUUCUAGUUGUAGGCGAUUCCGGUGUGGGCAAAACCUCCCUGACGCAUCUGAUUGCGAACAAUGAAGCGCUGACGUCACCCGGAUGGACUGUUGGUUGCGCCGUUGAGGUGAAGCUUCACGAGUACAAGGAAGGUACCCCCUCGCAGAAUACAUUCUUUAUAGAAUUGUGGGAUGUAGGUGGAUCGAUAAGCCAUAAGAAUACCCGAGGAGUGUUCUACAACCCAACACAUGGUAUCAUUUUGGUACACGAUCUCACUAACAAGAAAAGCCACGAGAACUUGCAGCGAUGGUUAGUAGAGAUCCUCAAUAAGGAUGGGAAGGACGUUCUCAAAGGGGGUGAUAUCAUCGAUAUUGAUCCAGAACAAUUUCUCGGUUCGACUCAGUUCAAAAAUUCUCAGAUUCCAAUACUUGUCAUCGGAACUAAACUUGACAUGCUGGAUGAAAGUCACAAGAAUAAAACCCUGAACAAAUCAUCCACUGAGAGUAUAGCCGAACAAUGUGGAGCUGACGAGAUAUGUCUAAAUUGUCACGAAUCUAGGAGUUUGGCCGCAGGAACAACGGAUGCAGUGAAACUGUCGCGGUUUUUUGACAAAGUCAUCGAACGCAAAUACUACAGUAGAGACACAGGGCGAAAGUAUACGGGUUCUUAUAACCCUUCCCUUCCGGGACAAUACAAUGCUUUCGGAGGACCGCCACAAGCUAGUCUUUACAGUUCGGCUCAUUCGGAGACAAUAGCUUAGAAUAAAUAGUGAUCGUAAUAUAGUAAAUU